CGUCACAGUUCACUCUGUUUAUUAGUGAGGUCUAUAUUGGCCCACCUGUAACUUUUACACAGAUUAUAAGCAAUGGAUUCCGUGGAACCUCUUCCGCAAGCGGAAAGUCCCCGUGAAUCUCCUCACAUAGCCGGCCUCGACAAUUCUAGGAGCCCUAGUGCGUCUGAACCUGUCCAGGCAGCCACUCAGGACUCCCGCAAAGGUGGAUCAUCGUCUUCCGCAUCAUCUAUGGCAACAUCCGUCGCUGGAAGCUCUGCUGUGAAGGACGAAGUGCAGGAGCAGGAAUACAAGACUCAAGGCCAAGGUUCCCUUAAUACAGAGGUGCCCCCACGCAAGAGGUCGAAGGUUUCACGGGCAUGCGACGAAUGUCGCCGCAAGAAGAUACGCUGUGAUGCUUUACUUGACCACACAAACAUUCAUGUGACAAAGAUGUGCUCAAAUUGCGAAAAGAGCGGCGACGUGUGUUUGUUCACCCGAGUGCCCAUGAAACGAGGCCCCUCGAAAGGUUAUACAAAAUUCAAUGGAGAUAACAGCAGCCAAUCGGCAGGAAAAACAUCACCUAAACCGCGUAUCCCGUCUCAUGCCAGCUACCCGCAGCUGCAAGGAAUAGGACAAGCACAGCUUUCUCCAGGUCAGCAGCAUGCUCCGUUAUUCUCGCCAAAUUCAAGCUCUGGGAGCGGUACGCCUGCUUAUCAGACUUCGCAAAGUCCCCAGGUUAUCUUGCCUCCUCUCAACACCCAUAUUUUGCCACCUUUGCGUGGCAGAUCCUCAUCUCUAACCUCAGCAGGUCAGACAACUCGCCAGCAGCCUAUGUUCUGGAAAGUGCCCUACGAAAUGCCAACAUUCGAAGGCAGAAGAGACUCCGUUGAUUCCGUUUCGUCCUCAAUCAGUGGUUCCUUUCCCCUUUCUGCCAGGCCAUCUAUUCAAGGCAAUUCACCUAAACUCGCUCCUAGUUUUGGUCUUGAUAAUUUGCCGACAUCAGAUUCUGAAGAUGAGUUCCUAAACAAUAACUCCUCCCGGCUUGCAAGGCCAAGUUUCCAAGUCCCCCUUGUUUCUACUCGCUCUAAGGAGGGUACAGUGAGCCCCGUGCCUUCUCACAAUAGUUUGCAGAGUUUGAACCAGAACUUUUCUCGAUUAGCGAUCCCCGCGCCCCAGUUCAAAACAGCCCACCUAUUGAAGUCCAUUGAUCAUAAUUUGGACAUCUAUUUCAGCAAAUUCCAUUCUCAAUAUCCAAUUUUGAUGGAAAAGCGACAAAUACAAGAAAGUCUCGAGCAACUUCAGACGGAUGAAUAUGCUACUGUUCUGGAACUAUUCAAUUACUCACUUCAAGCUCUCAACUCUGUGGACAGUAACUUUGACUUUAAUGUGAUCGUUUCAAGCUUCCAGCAGAUAUCCUUGAUUUAUGCAUCCAAAUCCUUCAUUAACAACAACCUUCACUCCAAAUCAUUGUUUCUGUUUACCUUUGUGCUACUCAAUUAUGCUGUGAUUUUAUCUGGUCACGAGUACUCCAUAGGAUUUACGAUUUCGUUUUCGAUAUUCAAUGACUGGAAAAUCUAUAGGGAGCCAUCGUCCUCUCCGCUUUUCCGUGCGUUCAUGCACUUGGUCGUGUUGGACAACAUCUUCGCAUUGUCGUUUGGAACUCCGAGAAAUACGAGUCUAGCGUUUAGUCAAUCUUAUCUUCACGAGUAUGCAAAGAGUUUGAAAGCCUCUGAAUCAGAGUCAUUGGAAUACGUGACCGUUGGACUGAAUCUUCUGCUUUUACCUCCUACAGACCCUACAAACAGCCUGCCCAAGCAGUCCAAACUGUCUCUUUUGAACGACAAAUACAAAUUCCUAAGCAUUCUGGAGGCAGAAAGUGAUAUCUAUUAUCUAAUCCAGAAUUUUAGCUCCUCGCUGGACAGUGUACGAAACGCAGAGGCAGACGAUUUUGUUUUUGAUUUGCAAUUGGAAUUUUCAAAGCUUUGCAAAAGACUUAUUUAUCUAAUUGACGAGCAGGUGGACGAUCUUGAGCUGUUGAAAAUUCAACCACUUCUCCCCCUAUACGUCUUAAAAUGCUUCAAGAUUCUUCUUUCCUUGAAGUCCCUUAUUUCUUCUCUCAUCAGCUUCAACAUUACCAUCAACAACGACGAUUUCAAAGAUAGACUUGCAAAAUUAAUAGACACGAUAGAUGCGAAUAUUGAGAGACUUCGUUGCCUCCGCUCCUCCAUCCCAUUCCUCAAGGUAUUAAUUUCAACAUUAAAGAAUAGGACAGCAGAAACGUUAUCUCUCUGUGCCCCAACCGAGAAACUUCUCCUACUGCAGAACUGGUGUCGCCAGUCCAGUUCUCUACUGCAUUCCACCCUGACCAAAGAUUACCUUGAAGGAUGGUAUUCAUAA